CGGCCGGUCUGGGCACUUGGAAACAUGGAAGCGAUCGAGCUCGACAUUCUCGACGUCGUCCUCGACAGCAGCGUCCCGCACCUCUCGGCGUUUCUCGCCGACACGACCGACUUUGGCGUCGUCGCUUCGUCUCCACUCUCGUCCGGGUCGGACGAACCGCCCGCGCCAUCCCGGAAGCGUCGCCAUGUCGACCGCCCCAAGGCCGAGCUACUCUACCUUCGCACCAAGCACGACGAGCUGGCUGCGCAGCUCCAAGUGCUCCAAGACGAGAGCGCGAGCUUGAUCUCGAGCGACGCGAGUCCGUGGCGGUCACGGGCACAGGACCAAGCGCACUUGACGCAGCGCUGUUUGCAAGAGAAUGCGCGCUUGAAAAGCCAAGUCGCCGACCAGCUCAAGGUCAUCGAGGCGCUUGAGAAGGUUCUCCGCAAGCGUCCAAAAGUGUCGUCGUUCCAGACUGCCAGCAACCUCUGGCGGCAGUGCAUCUUGGCGGUGACGGACCGCGAAGCCAGCUUGGAACAGCUUCUCAAGCACCAGUACGAGCGCCUCGAUUCGGAGUGGAUUCGCCUUGGCAUGUACGACAACAAGAACGGCGGCCCGUUGCACAAGAUGUUUGUUCAAACGAUCGACGAACGCUACGUGACGCUCAACUACGCGGGGCGCAUGACGCGGGCGCUGGACUUUAAAGGCAUGUCCGACGUCUUUUGGGACUUCAAGACCGGCAAGCGCGGGGCCUCGCAGCAGAUUUUACAAGCCUUUCAUCCGCGCUUGAUCUACUCGAGGGAGGACAUGGCGCUCUUGGACCCGAGCAUGCCGAUGAUGGAGUCGCGCUACGCGCUGCGGCGCUACGAUGAAGCCCAUCGCGUCGUGAUUGUGUGGCGAUCGAUCUUGGAAGACCAGCUCAUGCCCCACGAGCCAGGUCAUCUUGUUGGCAACCAGAUUGGCUGGGUCGUACUCGAAGACAAGGGGCCGACCGAGUGCUCGUUUCAGGUCUACGCCACCAUGGCGACGCCGAUGUUUCCGUCGUCGAUUCCGUCCAAGCAGCCGACGACCGGAACGUGGACCGAGCUGUUGAUCGCGUCAUCACAAAACACCAAGGUGCAGCUCGGCAAAGAUUUGGACGACGCCACCGAGGCGCGGCGCCAACAGCUCUUGGCCCAACGCACAUAAACGACACUGUAAACUCCAUUUGCAAAGUUAUUUUUUGGAUCCGUAAUUCGAAAGGAAUCAGUAG